CGGUCGUGGGCCUAAACCCUGACCCCCAAAAAAAAAUGAGCGAGCCCGUAUACGACGCUGUUUCCACUUUCCAGUUCAUCGCCUUCAUCUUCGAGAAGGCUCGCAUUCUCAUUUCAAUUGCGGAAGUGGAAGUGAAAAGCGUAGCAGACGUCAGGUACUUAGGUUCAGUUCCAUGGAAGGUGAUAAGGUCUCCCAUGCUGGAGAGUGCUCCACCUCCACGUCAAUGUCACAAACACAGCAAGAAGAACACGAACAAUGUCCGAACAUGGAGGAAUGCUUGAAGCUUCUGAAAGGAGAUCGAGACGAGCAGCGCCUAGCUGGACUCCUUCUGGUAACCAAGUUCUGCAAAGCAGAGGAUCACUCCUCCCUCCGUAAGGUCUACCACGCCGUCGGCACCUCCUUCCUCCAUCGCCUUCUCAGAACCGGCAUGCCUAAACCCGAAUCUGUUAAUAACGAUAAUCGAGUUGCAUAUUUGCGCCUUGCCGUUACUGUUCUUGCUGCUUUGUGUCGCGUUCCUGAUAUUGCUUCUUCUCAAGACAUGCUUUCAAAAAUCCCUCUCAUUUUGGAAGUCAUCUCCACCCCAUCUGGUUCGUCAGUUCUUGAAGAAUGCUAUGAGUUUUUAUACUUGGUAUCGGCUGCAUCUAGUGAUGGAAUUAUGAAGCUUUAUGAAUCUGGAGGCAUCAAGAUACUAGCUUCUCAAAUAUCUUCUCUGCAGGAUGGUUCACAUCUAAUGGAAAUAUCUAUAAAACUCUUGCAAUUGAUUUUGAGUAGGAUAUCCUUGGAUAUAAUCUACAAUGAUUACUUACCUGAGCUCUUGGUUAUUUUAACAGCAAUAGCAAGGCAGUUUGCAGUCUUACACACAUCCUUAAAAUUUGAUUCUCUCCACCUGCUUAAUGGCAUUCUUUCUCCAAAAGACACGGCACAAUUUCUUGCUGCACUUCGAACACUUUCCAAAGAUAAUAUUUCAGACAAUAUUCGCAUUGGUAUUGUUGCUGUUUUGCAGAAUCGUGUUGGGUUGAUUAACCAAGUAACCGCAAGUGCUGUACAAUCUCCAGCUGAAAUGUGUUUAUUGCUUGUCUUGGAGCAGUCAAGGGUUGAAAUUGCUGUUCUGCUGAAUGAGUUGGCCUAUCUAAAGUAUGAAGCACCGCAGGAUACAUCAGCUACUGCUGAGGCAAUUGUGCUAAAGCGGCGAAAUGUCGCUGUUGCCUACUCUUUGGUUGAGAAGAUAAUAAAGUUAAUUUCAAAGAUUGGUGGAAAUGAUGGAAACCUGCUUGAUGAAGGCACCUUGACAAAGCUGAUUCACCAACUUAAUGAGACAAUUAUGGUUGUACUAGAGUAUUUAGAAGAUGCAAAGGAACAUGGGCAAAAGAAAGGGGACGAUUUACUUGCGUCUGUUAGGAUUAUUGGGAGCUAUCUUGCUGAAGUGCCUCUUGCAUGCAAGGAGAAGGUUCAAAAUCUUUUAGGCUAUAUGCUUUCUGUUGAAGGAGAAGAUGAACAAAGCCCCUUUUAUGCUGUGUGCUUUCUGCUACCCCUGUUGUGUCAAAUUACUAUGGAGAUUGAAGGAUGCAAAGCUAUGGCUUCAUGCGGAGGACUCAAAAGUGUUAUAGAUUGCUUCAGUAAAUUAGUUGGGCCAGAUGGUUAUAUGGUUGAGGACAAUGGUUGCAUCUUUUUGGCAUGUGAUACAAUAAUGAACCUUCUACUAAAGAAUGACAAAAUUCAGUUGACGGUAGAUGAAUCGUCCUUUGUUAGUCUUCUGAGGGCAUUGGCUUAUUGGUCAGGAAAUACCGAUGACAUGUCAAGUAUGAUGAUGGCAGCAACCAUUUGUGCACUGAUAUUUGAUUAUACAUCAGAAGAGGCCCUUUUAAGCUGUUCUGAUUUCAAUAAUACCAUUCUUGGCAGUCUUUAUGAACUCAUCACAAGAUGUCUGGCUUCAUCAAAACAGGAUACAAAUGUGGAUAUGGAUCUUUCUGAGAUUAUUUCUGCUGGUUUCUCUCGAUGGGCUCAUAGGUACCCGCACAUCAGAGAGGCUAUGAAGACAUGAUUUUGACCACGUGAUUAGUUGUACGGACUACGCAUAUGCUUUCGAUGGAGGAUUACAAUCCGGUGAUUGCGGUUUGUAAUUAGCUUUGAUUUCAAGUCCUUUUAUAAAAUAUGAUAUUUUUGCGCAUUAUUCAAUCAUAUGAUGUUAUUAAAAGUCUAGUAGUUCAAAUUAUUAGGUAAUUAUCGUCUGUUAAAAAAAAAGUAUAUUGAUCAUGUGGCUUUGAUUCAA